GAGAGUGGGGCAGCUGCAGCGUUUGGCGUCUCGCUGGGCGGCCGGGAUAGCGCGCCACGAUGCCUGCGGUGUCAAAGGGCGAUGGGAUGCGAGGCCUGGCGGUCUUCAUCUCCGAUAUCCGGAACUUGGAGUUCAGCAAAAGGGAAUAAAAAAGAAAUGUUCAAGAUCUUAGGUUCCGAACCCAUGUUUAGAUAUGGGUAAUAACAAGACUUCGGGUAGUAGGACAGAACAAAUUAACUGCUGAUGUUCCCACAAGCUUGCUGGCAAAAGUAAAGAAGCAGAGAUAAAAAGGAUAAAUAAAGAACUAGCAAACAUUCGGUCAAAAUUUAAAGGUGAUAAGGCUCUGGAUGGUUACAGUAAGAAAAAAUAUGUCUGCAAACUGCUUUUCAUCUUUCUUCUGGGACAUGACAUUGACUUUGGUCACAUGGAGGCUGUGAACCUGCUCAGUUCCAACAGAUACACAGAGAAACAAAUUGGAUAUCUCUUCAUCUCCGUACUAGUGAACUCUAACAGUGAGCUGAUUCGCUUAAUAAACAAUGCGAUCAAGAAUGAUCUGGCAAGCCGCAACCCCACCUUCAUGGGACUUGCUCUGCAUUGUAUUGCUAAUGUGGGUAGCCGGGAGAUGGCAGAAGCGUUUGCUGGAGAAAUUCCAAAAAUACUUGUAGCUGGAGAUACCAUGGACAGUGUGAAGCAGAGUGCUGCCUUAUGCUUGCUGCGUUUAUAUAGAACUUCUCCUGAUCUUGUCCCCAUGGGAGACUGGACGUCUAGAGUAGUGCAUCUCCUCAAUGACCAGCACUUGGGUGUAGUUACUGCAGCUACAAGUCUGAUCACCACUUUGGCACAGAAGAACCCAGAAGAGUUUAAAACUUCAGUCUCCUUGGCAGUGUCUAGAUUAAGCAGAAUUGUAACUUCUGCAUCAACAGAUCUUCAGGACUAUACGUACUACUUUGUUCCUGCUCCUUGGUUAUCUGUGAAACUUCUGAGGCUGUUACAGUGCUAUCCACCUCCAGAAGACCCUGCGGUACGUGGUCGUCUAACAGAAUGCCUGGAAACUAUUCUUAACAAAGCACAGGAGCCACCAAAGUCAAAAAAAGUACAACACUCAAAUGCAAAGAAUGCUGUGCUGUUUGAGGCAAUCAGCUUGAUUAUACAUCAUGACAGUGAGCCAAAUCUACUAGUCCGUGCCUGUAACCAGCUAGGUCAGUUCUUGCAGCACCGAGAAACUAAUUUGCGUUACCUAGCACUGGAAAGCAUGUGCACGCUUGCCAGUUCUGAAUUCUCACAUGAGGCUGUGAAAACACACAUAGAAACAGUUAUCAAUGCAUUGAAGACUGAAAGAGAUGUAAGUGUACGACAAAGAGCUGUAGAUCUUCUGUAUGCAAUGUGUGACCGAAGCAAUGCCCAACAAAUUGUGGCUGAAAUGUUGAAUUACUUGGAGACUGCUGACUAUUCCAUUAGAGAAGAAAUUGUUCUGAAAGUUGCAAUUCUAGCUGAGAAGUAUGCGGUGGAUUAUACCUGGUAUGUGGAUACAAUCUUGAAUCUGAUUCGCAUUGCUGGUGACUAUGUCAGUGAAGAAGUGUGGUAUCGAGUUAUUCAGAUUGUCAUCAACAGGGAUGAUGUUCAAGGGUAUGCAGCAAAGACUGUUUUUGAGGCCCUCCAAGCUCCAGCAUGCCAUGAGAAUCUUGUCAAAGUAGGUGGCUACAUCUUGGGAGAAUUUGGAAAUCUGAUAGCAGGUGAUCCAAGAUCAAGUCCCCUCAUCCAGUUCAACUUGCUACAUUCCAAGUUUCAUCUGUGUAGUGUUCCUACCCGAGCUCUGCUUCUGUCUACCUACAUCAAGUUUGUGAACCUGUUUCCAGAAAUCAAAACUACAAUCCAAGAUGUAUUGCGCAGUGACAGUCAACUAAAGAAUGCUGAUGUUGAGUUGCAGCAGAGAGCUGUUGAGUAUUUGAGGCUCAGUACUAUUGCCAGUACUGAUAUAUUGGCUACAGUGCUGGAAGAAAUGCCUCCCUUUCCAGAGAGGGAAUCUUCUAUUUUGGCUAAACUCAAGAAGAAGAAAGGCCCAGGCACGGUUACUGACCUGGAAGAGAUAAAAAAGGAGAGGAGCUCUGACAUGAACGGAAGUGCUGAACCUGCCUCUGUCAAUGCCAGUGUUGUUUCUACUCCUUCUCCAUCUGCGGAUCUGCUGGGUCUGGGUUCUGCCCCUCUCACCAAUUCAGCUCCCCCACCGUCCUCUAGUGGUAGCCUGCUGGUGGAUGUAUUUUCGGAUUCAGCUUCUGCUGUUGCACCUCUUGCUCCUGGUUCUGAUGACAACUUUGCGAGCCCUGACCUGGCUUCAUCUGAGGUAGUUUCUGAGGAACCAGCUGAUACUGUGCAUGAUGCUGAUGAGCUUUUUCACAAGUUUGUGUGUAAAAAUAAUGGAGUUUUAUUUGAAAAUCAGUUACUACAAAUUGGAUUGAAAUCUGAAUUUCGACAGAACCUGGGACGUAUGUUCAUUUUCUAUGGUAAUAAGACAUCGACUCAGUUCUUGAAUUUUACUCCAACAGUAAUCUGCUCAGAUGACUUACAGUCAAGCCUGAAUCUUCAGACAAAACCUGUUGACCCCACAGUGGAUGGAGGUGCACAGGUUCAGCAGGUUGUGAACAUUGAAUGUGUGUCAGACUUCAUGGAAGCUCCAAUCCUGAACAUUCAAUUCAGGUAUGGCGGAACAUUUCAAAAUCUUUCAGUAAAAUUGCCCAUCACACUGAAUAAAUUUUUCCAGCCAACAGAGAUGUCUUCUCAAGACUUUUUUCAGCGUUGGAAGCAACUGAGCAAUCCAAAACAAGAAGUACAGAAUAUCUUUAAAGCAAAGCACCCGAUGGAUGCAGAGAUCACAAAAGCAAAGAUAAUUGGGUUUGGAUCAGCCCUACUUGAGGAGGUAGAUCCCAAUCCUGCUAACUUUGUUGGUGCUGGUAUCAUACAUACAAAAACUACUCAGAUUGGAUGCUUGCUGCGCCUUGAACCUAACCUCCAGGCACAGAUGUAUAGGCUCACACUACGAACAAGUAAAGAAGCUGUAUCUCAGAGAUUAUGUGAAUUGCUGUCAGAACAGUUUUAAUAUUAACCAUGGCAGUUUUGUUUUUCCCAUUUAUAUCACUGUCAUCAUACUGCAAAUAAAUGUCUUGUACAUCACUGUCUGAGUACUGCAAUGUUAACCAAUACCAGCUCCCUACCUUAAUAGGAUUUGACCCUUGUUUGAAGUUAAGACUAUAAAAUGUACAGCACAGGAAAGUGACUUUUGACAUUAAAAAUGGCUUUUGAUGUGUUACACAAAGGGUGGGAGCGCUGUCUUGUGCUUCUGUUUUUUUUGCAAAGGUCAGGCUUUUAAACUUAUAAAGGGAAUUUAAUUUAGAUGUGGUAACCAAGGAUUUCAACUGGAAAUGGCUAGUAACAUUCUGCCUUUGUACCUUUAACAUGUACUCCCUCUGCCAUGCCUGUAAGAAACCAAGGUAAUGCUGCUCAGUAAGGUUUCUGUAGAUGUUAAUGUAGAGUCAAAACUUUGUAAAGUUGAACAUUACUGCAAGUCUUGUACUGGAUGGAUGGGCAGAUGCCAAAAAGUGUUUGAAUCCAGUUCAAGUGAACAUUUAUGUUGAGUGUUGCCAGCCUUUGACAAAUGUCACAGGACCAGUCCUAAACUAAUAAUCUUGUAAUAAUUUACAUUGUAAUGGUUUCUGCCUUUGGAAAAUGGGUUGAACACAAAUGCUAUUCUUAAUUCUUCUGCUCAUCUCACAUAAUGAGGUAAGCUUCUCUAGUAGAUGGUGAAUGAGUUAGCUUGUUUGUUGUUAGUCCAAGUGAAGUUAAAUAUUCUGUGUUUUUUCUGUUUCCCUUCAGACUUAGCAAGUAAUAGUCCCAAUCAUGUGAUCUAACUGCAGAAUCUGGUAUUAUGUGAAAGAAGAGGAAGAAAUGGGCCCUUGAAGGGCUAAGACAUACACUUUUUUUAGAUGAAAAUGUAAUUUUAAACAAUAUUUUUUCCCCGUGUACAGCAAUGUUAAAACACAAGAGGCUGAAUAACUGGUGUCUGAACAGUUUCCUGUCAGUGCUGGUAAAAAUAUCCAACAUAGUGUAGAAGACUUGUGUUGAGACUGACAGUGAAAGGCCUAAAAAUGUUCACACUCUUCAAGCCUUACAGUGCGAUAAAGGCUGCUGAAACAAAGCUGGUGAGGUAGUGCAGUUAGAAACCGUGAGCAGUUGUCAGUGAAUACUACCGGUCAUGAUGAACGAAGUCAGCUGCUGCUGACAUGAGAAGUUAACCUUUGAUCAAGAUUUCCUUGCGGUUAUUUAAAGGAGGCAUGGGACUGGUGUCUCACAACACAUACAGCCAAUUGGGCCCAUGAAAUAAAGGUUCUGAGUAAUAGUGAUGACAUUGAAAAGACAUUUAAAUGAAGCUUCUGUCAUGCUGCCCAGUGCACAGCAGGGGAUAGGAUUCUACAUGAAUGAGUGCACCUUGCUUUUUUCCUUCGAUAUCUUGAGUUAAUGGAAUGGGGUGAUUAUCAUUUUCUUUGGUUGAAGGCUAAUGAUUGUACUUAAGUGCAAGUGGAAAAUGAGGAACAAAGGUUUGGCUGUAGUAUGUGGGUUUGGGGAGAGAUUUGGUUUUUGGUUGUUUGUUUUUUUUUUUUCCCAGAAAUGGCUGUUAACUAUGAAUAUUAUGACUGAAAACUUGGCUAUAGACCUGGUCUUUGUGCAAAAGUUCUCUUGAACAUUUGGCCCUGUUAUUGCUUUUCAAGUAGCUAAUCAAGGCUCUUUGAUCACAAGCAAUGUCUUUUGCAAAUCUUCAUGAGCAGUUCUGCAAUGAGGUCGGGCAGUUGGCAGAAUAGUAAUAGACUACCUUAUGUUUUGUCCUUUGGAUACCAUACGUCUCUUAAUUAGUCCUGUUAUCUUUACCAUGCUGCUGGCUGCUAUGUUAAAAAUCUGAUGUGCUGAACUAAAGGGAGUUUUAGCAAAGACAGGGGAGGAGCUUCUAGUUCUUUUUUUCCAAAUCCUGUUGUGUAUCUCUCCCUGAAAAUAUUCAGUGCCCUCAUUAAAGGACACCUUGAAACACUGCACUACAUUAGUUCACUUUGCUUUGGUGUGCUUUGGACAUGCUAAAAUGUGCAUCAAAAGUGUGGGAAGGAGGGGGGUAAGGGAUAAUGUCUUUUCAGUGGUGACUGUGUUAAGCUUAUGACUGUUCACUCUUUGUAUUAAAUAU